GAUCAAUCAGCAGUGUGGGCGGGGCAUGGUGACGUGGAUCAAUCAGCAGUGUGGGCGGGGCAUGGUGACGUGGAUCAAUCAGCGUGGCUCCCACCAACGCUGUGCUAUGUGAGCAUGCGAGUCGCAGAGGGAUGGAGAGCAGUGCCAGUUAGGUGAGGCACAGAGCUUGGAAGGGACACCAUGGAUCGUUGCAGAAGUAGGCGUCGAAACGGCACAGAAUCAGCGCACCGUGUGCACUGUCAUUAAGCAGGAAAAAUGAAGAACGAGAGCCUGGCCCAGGCAUGUGGCCUGGUGGUUGAGAUGCUUUUGUCCUGGAUCAGAUUCCUGCUUCCAGCUCCAGCUCCAGCUUCCUGCCAAUGCACUCAGAGCCGCGGGGCCGUGGACAGCCUGCAGAGGUUCUCCUCACUGCCCGCCUACCUGCCCACAAGCCUGCGCAUCUCCCACGCAGACGAGGCCUUCUUCCUCAAGGAAGCCAACCAGGACAUCACGAGGAAUGCCAGCCUGCAGGCUCGGGCGGAGCCACUGUUCAUCUACCGCGCCAGGAGCCCGCCUCUGCUCAACGCCAGCUACGGCCCGUUUUGGGCUGCCAGGCUGAUCCCGCAGGAGCUCCUGGUGCCCCCCACACCCUUCGGGAGUGCAGAGAACUUCCCCUUCAACUGGAGGCUGCGGUCCCACAUCCUCGAGAGCUCCAUCUACUCCAACAGGCCCAAGGUGCAGACGCUGUUCUACGUGGCGGGCAUGGGCUGGGGCGAGGACGACCCUGAUGACCACUUGCCCUGCGUCAAGAUGUUUGCCUUCCCCGAGACCAGGGAGGUGGCGGCCAGCUGCCGGCUGCAGGGGGCCCCGGGGCUUUGCGUGGCUGAGCUGGAGCUGCUGCCCGAGUGGUUCAGCUCGGGCCUGGACCUGGAGCCCGAGGAGGAGAUCCCGGCCCUGCUGGGUGGCACGGCCAUGGAGCUCUUCUUCACGCUGUACGCGGCUGACGGGGCUGGCCGGUGCCCGCUGGAGGAAGAGGGCCAGUGGGAGAACAGGAUCCACGCGGGCCCUGAGGGCGCCCCGCAGGCGCAGCCCGCCCGCGAGAGGGUCGGGAGCGUGGUGGUCUACCCCACCCAGGACGACCUCAAGUGGUCCCUGCUGAGCCUCGAUGACAACCUGGCGCUCUCGGUCCCGCUGAACCUGGUGCACGAAGGGGACACGGCCACCUUCUCAGUCUCCCUGACCAGUGGCUCUGCGGCAGACCAGUUCACCCUGAGAAUCAAGGCGGCUGCAGGCGUGCGGAUAACUGCAGUGAGGGUCAGCGAGGAGGACCAGUGGACCGUCCAGGAGGAGAUCGAGCAGGACGGCGCGCAGACCACGGCCAGCCUGGCGUGCGUGGGCCAUCCCCCGGACGUGCAGAGCAGAGUAAAUGGAUCCUUCUAUGAGAUCUUGCAAGUGGAUUUUGGAAUCGACAACAGCAGUGGCCUGGCUGGGGCCCAGCAAAUUACCUGGCAGGUGGAGUACCCAGUGGAGGACACCGUGAGUGCGCUGGUCGUCUCCGAGGUCUUCGUCAGCCAGACGACCUUCGUGGGCAUCGUGCCUCUUGCCAUGGACACGGAGCUUCUGAACACCGCCAUCCUCACCGGCAAGCCUGUGUCAGUUCCCGUGAGAGUCGUGGGCGUCCAAGAGGACGGCUCCGUGGUGCACGUGUCGGAGUCCGUGGAGUGCAGGUCUGCGGAUGAAGACGUCAUCAAGGUUUCCGACAACUGUGAUUCCAUUUUCGUGAACGGGAAGGAGAUGAAGAGCAAAGUGGACACCAUAGUGAACUUCACCCACCAGCACUUCACCUCCCAGCUGGAGGUCACCGUCUGGGCGCCCCGGCUGCCCCUGCAGAUCGAAAUCUCGGACACGGAGCUGAGCCAGAUCAAGGGCUGGAGGAUCCCGGUGGCCCCUAACAGAAGGCCCACCCGGGAGAGCGAGGACGAGGAGGACGAGGAGAAGAAGGGGCGUGGGUGCUCCCUGCAGUACCAGCACGCCGUGGUGCGCGUCCUCACCCAGUUUGUGACCGAGUCACCUGACCUGGGCCAGCUGACCUACAUGCUGGGCCCCGACUGGCAGUUUGACAUCACUGACCUGGUGACCGAGUUCAUGAAGGUGGAGGAGCCAAAAGUCGCCCAGCUGCAGGAGGGCAGGACCCUGGCUGGUCGGGAGCCAGGGAUCACCACCGUGCAGGUGCUGUCCCCUCUCUCUGACUCCAUCCUGGCCGAGAAGACGGUGAUCGUCCUGGAGGACCGCGUCACCAUCGCGGAGCUGGGCGUGCAGCUCGUGGCUGGCUUAUCUCUUUCCCUGCAGCCCCACAGAGCAGACAAAAGGGCCCUGGUCUCCAUAGCAACGGCCCAGGACGUUCUUCAAGCCCCACAGCAGGAAGCAAUAGUCAGUUCUUGGAUUUUGUUCAGUGAUGGUUCGGUGACACCUUUAGACAUUUACGAUCCCAAGGAUUUUUCUGUCACUGUCUCAUCGUUGGAUGAAAUGGUGGUGUCUGUCCAGCCGAACCUUCAGUCCCAGUGGCCCGUGGUGGUUGCGGAAGGUGAGGGGCAAGGGCCCUUGAUUAAGUUGGAGAUGAUGAUCAGUGAGCCGUGUCAGAAGACCAAGAGGAAGAGUGUUCUUGCCGUGGGGAAAGGAAACGUCAAGGUCAGAUUUGAGCCCAGUGCCGGUGAGCACCAAGGAGGCUCCAACGACAUCGAGGGCGUGAGUCGAGACUACAAAGACCACCUGGGUAACUCCAUAGAGCGCGGAGGCAACCAGGAGAGAGCCGUUCAGGAGUGGCCCCCGCGGGGCGCACCUGCGGGCCGACAGGACCGCAACAGAAGCACAACCCCACAGCCUCCCGUGGAAGCGAAGGAUCAGAAGUUCCUCCGAAGCGGGGGUGCCGAUGCCUUCACCAGCUACCCCACUCAGGGGAAGCUGCCAGAUCCCAACAAUCCCAGUGACCUUACGGUGACCUCCAGGGGGCUGACGGACCUGGAGAUCGGCAUGUACGCCCUGCUCUGCGUCUUCUGCCUGGCCAUCCUGGUCUUCUUAAUCAACUGUGUGGCGUUUGCCUGGAAGUACAGACACAAAAGGUUUGCCGUGAGUGAGCAGGGCAACAUCCCCCACUCCCACGACUGGGUCUGGCUGGGGAACGAGGUGGAGCUCCUGGAGAACCCGGUGGACAUCACGCUCCCGUCGGAGGAGUGCACGACCGUGGUGGACAGGGGGCUGCAGUUCGAGGAGAGGAACUUCCUUCUGAACGGCAGUUCCCAGAAGACGUUCCACAGUCACCUGCUCAGACCCUCUGACUAUGGCUACGAGAAAGACAUGAAAAGCGAACCUGUAAACCCUUCCGGCCCAAAGAGGAAGCGAGUCAAGUUCACUUCCUACACCACCAUCCUCCCCGAGGACGGCGGCCCCUACACCAACUCCAUCCUGUUUGACAGCGACGAUAACAUCAAGUGGGUCUGCCAGGACGUGGGGCUGGGGGGCUCAGCAGACUUCAGAGACUAUAUGGAGAGACUGCAGGACCAGAUGUAACUCCUUUCUUACGUUUGUAUUCACCUUUAUGCCUUCUGUUUUUUGAACGGUGGAGCAGUGAGUUUGAUCAGCAAUAGGGGAUGAUCUAACAGAGCUCCAUUUGUGGAGGUCUGGUGGGAUCCCUUUCUUAGCAGGUGUCUGGGGCCCGGAGAGCUGUGCCGCAGGGUCUCAGGCCAGGAGAUGGCUGUAAGACAGCCACCUGUAGGGACUGAGAAAUUGUGAGACAUUAGUAUUAGGCACUGCCUGGUACCAACUCCAUGCAGAGAGUAAUCCCGCCCCCACGAACAUUGUUAGUCAUCUCAUGACAAAUGGCCGUGUACACAGAGAAAAGAUUCGGGUGUUGAUUUUUGUAUUCCUAGACCUUUCAAAGCACAGUGGACACUUAACUGCCCCUGGCCUGAGUGUAGACGUGCGUGAAGGCUGGCUGAAUGUAGCUACCCUCGUGUGCUGGGAGCGCUGCUCAUUAUUUUUAUACACAUUUGCCCCCCGCACCUGUUCCUUUGACCUCUGCCAUUUCUUUUGAAACAGGAAGAGAAGGAAUUUCAGUCCUUCCUUUGGGAUCCAUUUGAUUUUUGUAGGAGUUUUGUUCCCUGGGAUUUGCCAUGUUGUGUUAUUUCUUGUCAGUUUUCCCAGUUUUGUAUGCUGCGUUGUCGAGGGAAACUACCUAAGAAGCAUACUUGUUGUUUCCUUCUGUUGUUGGACUUUGUUGUGGGAUACUGGGAUGGGGGUUUUACUCAAUGUGUUAACAUGCUCUGAGGGAGGGCUGUCUCUUUACAGUUUUCUACAUGAAGCUUAAAGGAAUUGGAGGAAAGUUACAAAUCUUUGAAGAUCUGCAGGGGACUGCAGGGCGCCUGUCUGAGGGGAACCAACCCCAGCAUGGCCGUGUUUACGCACUUGGUGGUCCACACAGCGUGUCUUCCAAACUGCAGAGAGGAAACUGCCUAGGAAAAAGCUCCAGGGUGAAUUCUCAUCUCACAGGAACAUGAUUUUUUUAGUAGGUGGGAUGCUGUUUCCAGUUAGCAAUAUGUAAAGAGGUAUCCAUACCAUGACCAAAAGGGGACGCGAUCUCUCAUGGCUCUGGAAGAGACCAAACCUUCAGGGGACACGGCGGGUGCUGGUGCACAGAAGCGACGCCCCCUACCAUGCCCUGGACACUUCCUGGAUGUCACUGAUGGUUCCAGCGCUCAGGAGGCAGCUGUAUGCAAAACCCUCAGCUUUCAUGAUGUCAAAGUGGCAAGAGAAAGAUUCUGGCAUAAUUUUCAAGUUAAAAAGAACAUUGUGAAUGGUGUCAAGCAAUGCAAGAGCUUCAGAUGAACAAAAUACGACAAUGAUGUAUGUAAGAGAAGUCGACUCCAGGCUUGUGUGCCCAUUCUGAGCUUCCCUGAGUCGUCUGCAUCCAUAAAAAUCCAGAAUUCUGAAGGCCCAGGGUAAGGAGGCAGGAGCAGCUCCUGGCUCCAGCUGGCUGAGCACUGGGCUGCUCAGGAGAAAGGCACUGAGGUGUCGGACAUGACUGUGAUGGCCCAGCCUCCUCUGGGAAGGCGGCAGCCAGGAAAGGGCUUGCAGUGCGUUUGUGAACAGUGCUGAAAUGGCAGGUGCGUGGGCCUGGUCCCCGGGAGCCAGUGCUCAGUGGAUUUUGUGAGCACGAAGCUGGUAAGGUUCCUGAAGUCUCCGUUCAUGGGGAGGUGGGAGCCGGGAGCUGGGCGUUAGCCGCAGGGGUUGGCCCAGCGAUGACUGACACCUGUUUGGAAGAGCUCUCCAGUUAGCCAGAGGCUUCUCGGAGGCUUUGGAGGGGAGGUGGCCCCUGCAGCAAGAAGGCAGCAUGAAGAAAUCUUCACGGACGCAGCUCCAGUUCUCUCUGCGGGAGCGCCAACAUUCCAGAGACGCUGGGAAUUCAUCCCUGAAAGCAGGGGCCUGCCUGUCACACACUCAGCAGGUGGCGCAGUCAGACUCCAGGUGAGGAGAUGCCCUCGCUAGGGGGCCAAGGAGGUGCCCACUGUUGCCAGGAGCAUGUUUAGGGGACACACUAGGGCGUUUCCUGUGAUAGGAGAGCUCGAUGGGCAGAACUGGACGCUGACCGUGGUCCUGAAGGUGCCUUGCAUGGACAGCAGGGCUAUACCGCCUCCGUACCGGCCAUUCAUGCACUUGUGUCAAAUCAGUUCAAAGUAAAAACCAAAUGUAGGGGUCAGGGCAGGAUCCCUUCUCCCAUAUAACCUACCCACAUGUUGGAAAACACAUGUACCUACACGUGUGUGUCAGUACCCAGGAAGCAGAGAGAAGCUGUCCUGUGGGAACCGACAGUGUGUGUCAGUUGUAAUCAGCUUUGGUUUUGACAGUGUCCAGCAUUAUAGAAUUUUCAUGAGUUGCCUUCUCAGAAUACACCCCACAGACCACAGUUCACGUGUUUGUCAGCUCAUCUUCCAGCCGGCCGAUACACAGCUGUUAGACUGCACACCUAAACCAACAUGAGGAAAAGGACAUACACUAUUCAACUUUGGAAUCCAGUUUCUGGGGGCUGGCUCGGGGGCUUGCAUUUGCUUGGAUUUUCUAGGUCGCUGUGGUUGCCAACUCCAACUAACUCAUCUCAGUAAAUAACCUGAGCCAAACACAGUUCAUGAAACACCUUCAUCUCCCAUUGGAAUUCAAAUUCACAGGGAGCCACCUGGAGGCGGAGAGAGAGAGAGAGCGCACCAGCUGGGCCCCAGGGUCCCACAGAGGAUGUGGAAGCCCCCAUGACCUGGAACAUGUGCAGCCACUGUCCCCAGGGUCCUGGUGUGCUGGUUUGGGGGCCAGAACACAAGGAUCAAGGAGGAGCCACUGCGCUGGAGAACUGGCGUUUGAACACGCAUGUGUGUGGCAUCGAGAAGAAGCAAGACGCAAAGAUGACGGAUGCUUCUUUGAGAAGAACAACAUCUAACAAACCUCAGACUCCUCCCUGUGCACCUGGAGAAGGGACAGUGGAUGCCCCGGCUGUUUUCUAUCCUUUAUACCCACGGGUACAGGGAAAACACGAUCACUUUUGUCCCAUCACCAUCCCUGUAGGCUGAGUCAUUUGUCCCUUGCUCGUUUUUAAGUUUUACAAAGCCCACCUUUGUGCAUUUUGAUCGACAUUCUUGGUUCACUCUUCUAGAAAGGGUCUUCUAAAAAGCUGGGCUGUUGAGACCCCCGUAGAAGUUCCUCCCAUCACAGAAGCAUUCAGUACGACAGCAGUGACCGCAUGUGGUUUCAUGGCAUCCUGCGUGUCACUGGCACCGCUGGGUUUUCCACCCCAGGCUCUGUGAGUGCCGUGGCUGAUGGCUCACAGACUCAGCAGCCCUCCGUGUUGAAACCGUGUCUGUGUCAUGUACUGCGCAUCACCUGUCAUGUAAGGGGACAGUGUGGGUGGUGGGAAAGCUGUGUUAAAAUAUGGAUAGCAGAUAUUUUUGUAUGUAAUAUACGCAAUAUGCUGAAACACUGAGAAGUGUAUUGGAAUAAAUAUUUUAAAAUAAAAGCAUGCAAAACUGUAGCUUUUAAAUGUACAGACAUCCCACUCAAAAAACAGCUAAACCGGAGAUUGGCAGCCGUGGGACCUGACGUGUGGAUGCACUCCACUGAGAGCUGUGGCCUGCAAGGGCCGUGCUCAUGUCGGGAUUGUGGAUGGAACCUCCUGGGACGGUUCGGUCUCACUCUGCAUUACUUUUGAAUUCUUCCUUUUUCUUUUUUCUCUGGAAAUAUUUGGGAAAUAAAGUGACUUCAUUUCUCAGCAUAAAGAUAUAUUAUAACCACAGGGUAACUCAUCAUUUUUAACACGAAAAUAAACAUUGAAACAUU